AGGGGGAGAGGCGCCGGCAGAGGCGGCGACGGUGCACCGGAGGCGCCGGAGGCACCGGCGAGGAAACGGCGGAAGACGGCAUCAGCAGCAGCGCCUGCGGAUACGUUGACUGGCGAUGAAGCCAUGCAAACGGGUGCAGGUGGCGACCCGGAUGAGGCUGGGGCGGCGAUCACGGCCGGCGCGAAUGGGAAUGCUGCAGCCUCGGGGUCGAGAGCGAGGGCGGCAGGGAGGGGAAGGGGAAGGGGAAGGGGGCACGCUGGAGUCAGGGCGGCGCGGGGGCGCAAGCGACGGCGAGCCGCGAGUGAUAGCGAGGACGCGGGGAGCAGCGAGAAGGAGGAGGAGGAGGAGGAAGCAUUGGUGGGUGGAAUGGGCGAGGUGUGGGAGAGCGGCAACGAGGAAGAAGAGGAGGAGCAGGAAUCCCAGGACGAAGGGGUGGAGGAGGAGCAGGAUGUUUAGUACAUAUACCGGUGUAUACGGCGAGGGGUGGUGAGAGGUGGAGAAUGGGUGAGAGGAAGCAGGAUGCAAGUGACAUGUGUGUGAAGGCGUGCAGGGCUGCGAGCGGAUAGUGAGCUGGGGAGUGAGUACUAACAUAAGAGCCGGGGGUGAGCCGGGGUGACGAGCGUACGUGUGGCGAUGUAACUUCAAGAUGUCUAUAGCCCGUGAGAGGGAGAGGGGGACCCGAGGAGGGGAGUAUAUAGCAGGUUGGCUGCGGGAGGGGGAGGGGGUCAAAGAGAGACCAACCCGUUGUCAACUUACAAUGGAGGGAGGCUGCGCGGAUGUCCAUGCAGAUGUCCCAAAGAGGAUAAAGUGGAAGCCAUUCUUUUGACACCGUGUCCAUGACUUAAUCCGCCAGGACUUAAAUAGCAGUCAUGUACUCAGACAACCCUGCCUGCACGCAUGCAGAGGAGCAAGCACAUGUGUGACAGCAGCUGGCAGCAACAAACGGCCUCCUUGUGUGCCUGUGGACCUGAUUACCGGUAUGUGUCGAGCCCUGUUUCAGCUCUUAUACCACGUAAGCGUGGAGCUCGGCUUACGCAACCCAGCGUAAAACCACUUUUACGGCAAGUACGCAUAGCAGUGCACUGCCGCCUUCGAGGCAUUGUUCCGA